UGACACGCCCACUACUGCACGCGGUAGCACAUCUACGAGCGUUUCAGCUACUUAUUUUUCAUAUAUUCGAACAUGAGAUAGAAGAAAUUUGAUUAGAAUAAUGAAGAAAAAAGUAUGGAAUAACUAAUUCUUUUCACCAGAUCAAAUCCUCCAUCAAAGAAGGAGAGAUAUUCAUUGUUGUUAAAAAGACAACAAAGGCUUUCGAAACACAUUUGUUUACAUGGACGAUAGCUUGCCUUAUUCAGUAUGACAUUGGAAGAAAAGUGUAACGAUUGUUUUGAUGACAAUUUAGCUGCAGAAUGUUUAGUGGAAAUGUCAAAUAAAGUGGUUUACUCAAGAGUAGAAUCCCCUGAUUCACAAUUUGAUGAACACGAGGUUGACUUGGUAACCAAUACCGAAACAGAUUCUUUGUUUUCACUAGCAAGAGUACUAACGGAUUUAGGACGAUAUAAAAAGAAAAACACAGAUCAUGACUAUUACAAAACGGAUCUCAAACCAGAACUCCUUCGAUCAUUAAGACAUGACGAAAAUUUCAAUGUCCGAAAUGACCAAAACAGACGAUAUCGAAAGCGCGCUAAAAUGACCACGCCCACUUCGGAAGACAACAGUGACGAUGAAGAUUAUUUAGAAACGACUGGAAUUUCCUCAAGAAAAGUACACAAAUGUAUUUACAAAGAGUGCAACAAAGUUUAUGGAAAAAGUUCUCACCUGAAAGCCCAUUUGCGAACACACACAGGAGAGAAACCUUUUUUGUGCAACUGGGCUGGAUGUGGUAAAAAAUUUGCCAGAUCUGAUGAGCUAGCCAGACACACACGAACCCAUACUGGUGAAAAGAAAUUUCUGUGUCCAUUAUGUGACAAAAGAUUCAUGAGAAGUGACCAUCUAAACAAACAUGCACGGAGACAUCCAGGUUUUGAUCCUGCCAUGCUGAAAAAAAGAACAAAGACAAUGCCAGAAGAGACUUCAACACUUUCAUCAAGAGAAUGAGAACAUUGUUCUAAUACAAUGCAAUAGAAAUGUUUCUUUAAGACAUAUCCCAUAAGCAUAAAAUGUAAGAAUAGCAAUGCAAGUCAAAGAUAGCCAAAUAUAUUUUUUUAUAUCAUUCAUGUGGUAUAAACGUUCUUGGAUUGCGACAUGUGCAGAAUUUAAAUUUCUGUCAUGGAAAAUCAAAAGGGAAACUGACGUGUUCAUAAUCCAAUUGUUUGAGGAUUAUAUUAUUAACAUGUGAAUUACACAUUGAUCAAAUGUAGUAAUGUACAAAUACACACAGUGAUACACUAACAUGUGUUUAUAUUUAAAAACUAGAAACAAAAACUUGGAGAAUGUGGCCAUGUGUGUUUAUUUGUAUGCACCUAGGAUAGUAGGGUGGCAUUAUGUUUAUCUGUCUGUGCACGUUUUCAAUUUUUCAUCUCAUACCAGGGUUUAAAUCAAGUUUAAAAUAUAUUUAAGCUUUAGUUAAAGGUAGUUUACCAUGAAGGUUUGGUCACAUGAUCCUGAAACUUUUUACACAUGUUCAGAUUGAUGUGAACCUUUUACAAUACAUGCCAAAUAAGAGAGUUUACCUUGCUGUUUACUGAACCUAAGAAAUGAUAGUGCUAGCAGGGAAUAGUGUCCUAUGGUAUUAUAUUGUUGUUUGUCUCAUUAUUUACAGUGAUAUCAAAGUCACUUUAUAACAAUAAUUUUUGUCUUUUGUUUUAUAUGGGUGAGUUUUGCAUGACUGUUUAUUUUGUAAUGAUUACAAAACUUGAAAAUUAUUUGUAGUUGGAAUCCACCAUUUUGAACUUGUAUAGGGCCAUUAGAGAGAGUCUUCUUCCAACAGAUAAGAUUUGAUUUUAUCAAAUUCCAAAUCAAUAUGUCCAUGUAUAACUGUUGAUAUUAUUGAAUGUAUGGGUCUUGCACCCUAUUAUGUUUGAAAUAUAGAUAAGCAUAUAAAAAAUGUUAUAAAUUAAUUGCCAGUAUUAAGUUUAAAUUGUAAUCCAAAUGUAUUUUAUUUCCUUCUUCGUGGGCCUAAGGUCAUCAUCAAAAUCAAAA